GCUAGCUACGGUGUCUGGAUUCAGACACUGUUUUUUGUUGCGUAACAAAUGACUAGUUCGUUUGCUAUCCAUUAUAUAUUGUGUCAUGUCAGCUAUAAUUUGCAUGACUUUGUUAGCCAGGACGUUAUCUUGUAGAAAUACUUUCACUUAGAUAUAUAACGUUAUCUAACGCGAAUAGGGCUAUCGUUCAAAUAAGCAAAAUGUUAGCUUGCUAUACAGUCCGAUUUACUACUUUGUUAGCUAACUAAUGUUUUUUUUUCGGCAUCUUAGCAACUGAAAUGACUAGUUAGCUAGCUAGCUCCAUGGCUAGACGUAAUUGUAUCGUUAACUAAAGCCAGCGGUGAAACUAUCAAGGAUGUCGCUCCUAACUACUGAACCGCGAGAUAUGUUGUUCUCGCUUGUCAUCUAAUCAGGGACUGUUUUCUGGACUGGAUACUUUAGUCGUCUCUUCUUCUAAUCUGUAAAUGAACGAAGAAAGAAAGAAAGGCCGAAAAGACAGAUUCCCAGCACCAUGCCUGGUAAGUGAAUCCGUGGCGAUGGAAGGAAAAGGGCCCUAUCAUAUCUACGACCCAGGCGGGGGCGAGGCUAAGGCCAGAGAGGCCAGGGAGGAGGGCAGCAGCGUUGGAGGGAGCAGCUAUAGACUACUGCUGGAAGAGAACAGCGUUCUCCGAGAGAGGAUGAAGGGACUCAAGAGCUUAGGAGACCUGUUGGAGGAGUCUCAGUGGGAGGCUUCUAAGUUGCGUCAGCGUGUAGAGGAGCUGGUCAGAGACAACGAGGCCCUGAAGUCUUCGACCUUCAGCUUCGCUACCAGUCUGUGUAUGGGAGGACCUGUUCAGACUGAGACACAAGGUCAGGGGAAGCUUCACCGUCAGCCCAGUAACGACCAGAGACCGAGUCAGUCGUAUCUCUCAACGGAGAAGGCCCUACAUCAUGAUCAGCCCAGCGAAGGUCUGUCCGAGUUUGAGGUGGUGAAUAUGGAGCAGAAAACCUCCGAUACCCUGACGGCUGGUGCAGGAACAGGACAGCUUCCUCAGGAGAACCAGGAGUUAACCAGCCAGCUACAGCAUCUAGAAAGCUCCUUCAGUAUCUUUGCUGAGGCGUCCAACCCCAACCAGCUCCUAGCCCACCUGGGACGCAUGGCCGUUGAGUUCCACCACCUCUCCUCCAAGGUCCAGAAGAACGAGCAGAGGACCUCCCUCCUACAGACUCUUUGUGAGCAGCUCAGACACGAGAACAGCGAGCUGAGAAAGAAGAUGGAGGAAGACCUUCAGUACAGAAACGGAGAUGUGGAACUGCUGAGACCAGAGAACCUGAAGCUGAAAGAGCAGGUAACGGGAGCAGGAGAGACCGCGGCAGAGAGCGAGGGGCAGCCAGAAGCCAAAGAAGACGUGGUGAAAGAGGAAACUGCCAGCGUUAGAUCCAAGAUGGAGGUCAGCACACCACAGAAGCGGAGGGGGAAUGCCACAGAGAUGGAGAAAGCCCUGGCCAAGCCCUGUGACCCAGAGGCCUACGAGAAGAAGAUCAAGCUUCUAGAGAAGCAGAGGAAAGAUGUACUGGAUGUUAACAAGCAAUGGGAUGCCCAGUGGAACUCGAUGAAGUCACAGUUUGAACAGAAGAUCACAGACCUGCGUCAGCGGCUAGCGGACUCCCAGAAGGCCGUGCAGGAGUUAGAGGCGGAGCGAGAACAGCGGCAGCGGGAUUACGAUAAGAAGCUGCUGCUCGCCAAGUCCAAGAUUGAGAACGUACAGGGGGAGAAGGAGUGUCUGAACUCUGAGACCACAGAGUUGAAGCAGAAGGUUCGUUACCUGCAGGAUCAGCUGCUGCCCCUCAGUAAACAGAGAGACUACCAGGAGAAGGAGAUACAACGCCUCAACAGGGCUUUAGAAAAGGCCCUGAACCUGCAUCCUCCCCCGUCCUCCCAGCAGCCACCGGGCCAGGGCACCAGUGGUAACCAUGACGACAUGCCUAGUAACUUGAGGCAGGAGCUUCUCACUCAGAUAACGGUGUUAAAGGAACAGGUGAAGAUCUUUGAGGAGGACUUUAGGAAAGAGAGGAGCGACAGGGAACGAAUGAACGAGGAAAAGGAGGACUUGAGGAGACAGGUGGAGAGGCUGCAGGGUCAGGUGACCAAUCUCACCAAUCAGGCCCAGAGGGAGAGAUGCAAGCUGGAGAGACUACAGAUGCAGCAUCAUAAACAGGGCCAGCAGCAGCAGGAGAGGCGUACCUCAGACCCCUCCUCAGGCACCAUAAACGUCUCUCUGAGCCCUCCCUACUGUGGUCCCUUUAUGCAGGUGGCUCCAGGAGGAGGCCCGGGACAGGACAUCCGGACAAUACACCACCAACCCAGGAUACUCAACAUCGCCGCGGCCGCCGACAGUGUAGCGCAAACGGAACGUAGCGACUUCACACCGCCCAGAGGCCCCAGGUGGGCCGGCGCCGGGGAUGGUUCCAGACCUCCACCAGAGAACAUGGAUCAGUCCACCGCAACUGGGUUUGGAAGAAGAGAGCGAUAGAAUAUUGACCCUGGAAAGCACUAAGGUCCUCUCUACCAUUGGUUCUCUCACCGUGGAGCCAGCUGGGUGGUAGCAGCAUGAAUCACUUAGUUUUCUGUUGACCAGGUGUGAUUUGAACUAUAAUUUUCCUACUGAACUGUAGAUAUCCUGUUGUAAUGUUGUUUAUACUUGCCUUUUUUAUAAGCCUACUUGUGAAACACUGUUUUCGCUAUUCAGAAAUAUAUUAUAAUUUAGAUGCGUUUCUUUUUUAACCUCUUCAUUUUUUGGAGGAGAUUCAACAUCUGCUUCAUAUGAUUCUAUGCAGGAACUGAAGUCAUUUGUGUGUAAUAGGUUGAAAUGAUCCAAAUGUAAUAUUUAAGACAAUAUACCCAUGAGAUUAUCGGCUAUUGACGAUCGUCCCACUUGCAAAAUAUGUAAAGUUUUUACAAAGCAGUUUUGUUUCUCGUAGGGUCAAAGGGGUCUUAUUAUCCCAUGUCAAUAACAACAAGUACUACUUGUAUUCAUUCCAACGAUUUAUAUAAUGAAAAAAGGUCAAUUGCCUUGGAAUUGGAAUCUAUAGAAAUCGUAACCGUGGGAUGUGUUCAGUACUGUUGGUGUUCUAGAACUCUACCACAAGUAUAACUGUUCAUACAGUGAUUUGUUAUAACACAUUAAACUUGGGAAGUGAAUUUAGCUGGUAUAUCAUGCCAACAAAAAAAAAUCAUGAUUGUUGUCGUCAUUUUAUUUAUAAUCUACUGUUUUUUUGAUGGUUGCAUUGACUAAAUGUAAAUCACUUGUCUUUUAGUAAUGCUGUUCUUUCUGUUAGUGUACUCCCAAUAUAUUAUAGCUAUUGACAUUGUAUGUUGGUUACACACAUACAUGCGCACGUACCCGAUUGGCCAAAAAUUACCGCUGUAAUUUCAAUGCAACACCUUUUUUGAUUUAAUUGGUUUAAAUAUUUGAUCAUCGAUUUCAAUAUGUAUUGCUAUCCUAAGGUAGAUCAGUCCUCAACAUAUUUACCCCCAAAGCUGUCCAGUCAUAUGUCUGGAGGAUUGGGUCAUAGGUCGUAGUGUAUCCAGGCUUUGUCCCAAUAGUCUUGAAUGGCUUCCUUUCCUGACUUCCUUUCCUUCCCUAAUGCUGACAGUUGAUAGCACUACAGUAGGCCUGUUCUGGUUGCUGUAAACGUUAGCCUACCUGAGCACUCUGCUAGCAGAGUAUGGUCAGUAUACUGUAGGUGCUGUAAUAUGUGCAUUUUAUAUUGAGUUAACGGGGUACAAUUGGUCUCCAUCAUAUUGCUUUUAACCUGUCAGUCAUGUCUUUUUUUUCUUUUGCAUCAGAGGAAAUUAAGCUCUUUUUUUAAAUUUUUUACGGAGAAUCUGCUAACCCCUAAGGAUCAGUCAGUCAGCGAUUACCUCCGUGAUAAACCACCUCAGCCAGACUCCCGGCCCUGGUCAAAAGUCCCUUUUCUAUAUAGGGAAUAGGAUGCUGUUUGGGCCACGUCCUUGACUCUGCUGGCUUCUGUCUCAAUCCUGUAAGACCAGCAGCUCCAUACUAAUAUCCUAUCUAUCCGGCAGUCCUGUGAGCCUCUGUGAUACCGUCAAGAGCCGGUUUGAAUUCCAAACCCAGCCUUGUACCUUACCCCAGGUACUUCUGUUGAUCAGAGGAUUGGAUAGGUGUUGACAAAAUGGCGUGGAGUUAUUACUACUAUACUUUACGAUGUUUUGAUAUCUUCCCUGGUGUCUGGAGUUUUAAGGGGCGAGGGGUUGGUCACUACCCCCUAGAGCCACCAAUCCUUCUGAUGUGUGAUUUGGUUUGGUGGUGAACUAAUCUCCUGAAUCAAAGCUACAUAGGAUUGCAUAUGUAUGGAUAUUAUAAACCUUUGUGUAUGUUGCAUUCAGACUGGUAAAGAUGGGUGUUAAUUCACAAUGUUCACUGUAAAUCCAGUUGGAUCAGACUUAUAUUUUUAGAGACGUUAGUUUCCAGAAUGGUUGAAUUACUCUUUGAAAGGAAUGCCUUGGUUUCUUUCCCCCUCUGGCAGUGGUCUUUUUCUAGUUUGUAAUUCUGGAGUGUUUGCAGGAGGCAAAAAGCACAUUACUGAUGUGAUGAGACUUUUUGUAUUUAAACUGGCUUAAUAAACAUCUCCUAAAUGUC